AUGCUGUCAGAGCAGCCGAAGAGGACGUACAAGGAUAGCGGCGAUCUGGUAUAUCUUGAUUCAAAUGAUUAUAAGGAUGGUAAGAUUCCGGAGCAUUUUGAUAUGCAUGAUCCGAAGUGGUUUCGUUUGGGUGCAACAGGUCCGUCCCUUGACACUGGUUCGACAUUUCAUCUCCGCAAAGAUUCGAUGAAUGCGAAGAUGGGAACAUUAAAAGAACUUCCGUAUAUGUUCAAUUAUGGAACAAAUGUCGGCGGAGGAAGGAAUCUCAUGCAUGAAGUUGAGAGUAAACACAUGGAUAAUAUGUGCAAGUAUGACGCUGAUGCCAUCUGUGAUGUGGACAGUGCGUCUUUAUUGGUAAAAAAAGGGUAUCGUAUCGUGAUGGAUACCGACGUAGAAAAUGCAUUUAUUGUUUCCAAAGAUGGGAAUCAAUGGAUUUACAGAGAGAAGGAUGGGUUGUAUACUUAUGAUCUUCACGAGGGGGAGAGUCAUUGCAAUGUGUGCAUGGAAAUUGGACCGACUGGUGAAGCCUGCCAAUCGUGCAGAGCCCACGGUGGUUUCGUGCCGGGUGAAUCAUAUCAUGGCGGCAUCGAUAAUACAACUAGUCAACAUACUUCCCGUUACUCUGGUCUCCAAACUGUAAAAAAGAACAUAGAGGCUUACACCUCACGACAAGUUGACCGCGCAAACGCUGCAAGAUCCGGGUAUCACAUGGGUGGUGCACCAGGGAUCGAAGCAUUCAAAGUUGCUGUACGCUCAGGUUUAUUCAAGAACUGUCCCAUCAGAGAAGAGGACAUUGUUAUUGCUGACAAGAUUUAUGGACCAAGCGCUUCAGUUCUUAAAGGAAAGACUAAGCGUCCUACCCCAAAGCAGUCCGGGAUGAUUGGGUUGAGAUCCGACGUGAAUUGUUGGUCCACAACAUUGAUUUGA